GAGAAGUUCCCCUUUUCUGCAGCGGCGGCGGCGGCGCAGCGGAGCCGAUUCCCCCGCAAAAGAGCCUUGCAGGCGCGGCGUCUCGGCGCAGUCCCCCACCCCCGCCAAGGAGGGAUCCCAUCCCGGCCGGAGCCGACGCCGGUCCUCGGGAAGCCCCCGGCCGGAGCGCCGCGGAGUCAGGCGGCGGGAUGCAACCCCUGCGGGGACGGAGCCGCCGCCGCUUCCCGGGGUUGCCGCUUCUGCGGCUGCUGCUGCUGGCCGUCUUGCCCGCCUCCGCUGCAGGUUUGCGAUGUACCCAGCCUUCCGAAUCCUGCUUGAAUGGUGGAAAGUGUGAAACCUAUCCAAACGGAACAGGGGCAUGUCAAUGCUCCAAGGACUUCACUGGCCAGCGGUGCCAGUUCCCGAAUUUGUGCCUCAGCUCCCCCUGUAACAACGGCGGCACCUGUCACCCCAAGGUUGAGGGCAGCACGCCCGACUUCACCUGUUCCUGCCGCCUGGGCUACAUUGACAAACUGUGCCUGACCAUUGAAGAGAACGCCUGCCUGAGCAGCCCCUGUCGCAACGGAGGGAGCUGUGACCUCGUCACCUUGACCGAGUACAAAUGCCGCUGCCCUCCAGGCUGGUCAGGCAAGACGUGCCAGCAGGCCGACCCCUGUGCCUCCAACCCCUGUGCCAACGGCGGGCAGUGCGUGCCCUUUGAGUCCAGCUACGUGUGCAGGUGUCCCCAGGGCUUCCACGGGGCGACUUGCAAGGAAGACUUGAACGAGUGCAGCCGGACACUCCCCAUCUGCAAGAAUGGCGGCACCUGCAUCAACGAGAUUGGCUCCUACCAGUGCCACUGCCGGCCGGCCUUCACCGGGCCCAAUUGCGAACACCUCUACGUCCCCUGCAACCCCUCCCCUUGCCAAAAUGGGGGCACCUGCCAGCAGACCGGAGACGUGGCCUACGAGUGCACCUGCCUUGCAGGUUUCACAGGCCAGAACUGCGAAGAGAAUCUGGACGAUUGUCCUGGGCACAACUGCAGGAAUGGAGGCACCUGUGUGGAUGGGGUGAACACCUACAACUGCCAGUGCCCACCCGAAUGGACAGGCCAGUACUGUGCCGAAGACGUGGACGAAUGCCAGUUGAUUCCCAACGCUUGUCAGAAUGGUGGCACCUGCUACAACACCCAAGGGGCCUACAACUGUGUCUGUGUGAAUGGUUGGACGGGGGAGGACUGCAGCGAGAACAUCGAUGACUGUGCCAGUGCCGCCUGCUCUCCAGGGGCCACUUGCCAUGACCGGGUGGCCUCUUUCUACUGCGAGUGCCCACAUGGUCGCACAGGCUUGCUGUGCCACCUGGAGGAUGCCUGCAUCAGCAACCCUUGCAAUGAAGGCUCCAACUGCGACACUAACCCCGUGACAGGGAGGGCUAUUUGCAACUGCCCCUCAGGGUACAUGGGGCCUGCCUGCAACAAGGAUGUGGACGAGUGCUUGCUGGGUGCCAACCCCUGCGAGCAUGGCGGGAAAUGCCUCAACACGGAGGGCUCCUUCCAGUGCCAGUGCCAGAUGGGCUACUCGGGUCCCCGCUGCGAGAUAGACGUCAACGAAUGCUCCUCCAACCCCUGCCAGAACGAUGCCACCUGCUUGGACCAGAUUGGGGUCUUCCAGUGCAUUUGCAUGCCAGGUUACGAGGGGGUCUACUGUGAAAUCAACACGGACGAAUGUGCCAGCAGCCCCUGCCUCCACAACGGGAACUGCGUGGACAAGAUCAACGAAUUUGCCUGCGUGUGCCCCGUGGGGUUUAAUGGCCACCUGUGUCAACACGACAUUGACGAAUGCGCCAGCACUCCCUGCAAGAACGGAGCCAAAUGUGUGGAUGCACCAAACGCUUACGUGUGUGAAUGCACAGAAGGAUUUUCGGGCACUCACUGCGAGACGGACAUCAAUGAAUGUGACCCUGACCCUUGCCACUACGGCACGUGCCGGGAUGGCAUUGCCACCUACACCUGCCUCUGCCAGCCUGGGUACACUGGGCGCCUCUGUGACACCAACAUCAACGAGUGCCAGAGCCAACCUUGCAAGAACGGAGGCACCUGCCAGGACAGGGACAACGCCUACACCUGCUCCUGCCUGCGAGGCACUACAGGGCCCAACUGUGAGAUCAACCUGGACGAAUGUGCCAGCAACCCCUGUGAUUAUGGCAAAUGUGUGGACAAGAUCAAUGGCUACGAAUGUGCCUGUGAGCCAGGAUACACAGGGAGGAUGUGCAGCAUCAACGUCGACGAGUGUGAAAGCCACCCUUGCCAUAACGGGGGCACCUGCAAGGAUGGCAUCAACGGGUUCACUUGUCUUUGCCCGGAAGGCUUCCACGACCCCAUGUGCCUCUCAGAAGUGAAUGAGUGCAGCAGCAACCCUUGUGUCCACGGGAGAUGCCACGAUGGGCUGAACGGCUACAAGUGCAAUUGCGACCCGGGCUGGAGUGGGACAAACUGUGACAUCAAUAACAACGAGUGCGAGUCCAACCCCUGUAUGAAUGGUGGAACCUGCAAGGAUAUGACCAGCAGCUACAUUUGCACCUGCCAGGAAGGAUUCAGUGGACCCAACUGCCAGAUCAACAUCAACGAAUGUGCCUCCAACCCUUGUCUGAACCAGGGAACAUGCAUUGACGACGUUGCUCGCUACCAGUGCAACUGCCUCCCGCCCUACACAGGUCUCACCUGCCGGGAGGUGCUGGCGCCCUGCGCGGAUGGUCCCUGCAAGAAUGGGGGGCAGUGCAGAGAGUCGGAGGACUACGAGAGCUUUUUGUGCACCUGCCUUCCGGGCUGGCAAGGGCAAACCUGUGAGAUUGACAUCAACGAGUGCGUCAAGAGCCCCUGUCGGAAUGGUGCCACGUGCCAAAACACCAACGGGAGCUACCGCUGCCUGUGCAAAGCUGGUUUCACAGGGGACAGCUGUGAAACUGACAUCGAUGACUGUCAACCCAAUCCCUGCCACAAUGGGGGCUCCUGUUCUGACAGCGUGAACGGCUUCUCCUGCAACUGCCUGGCAGGCUUCCAGGGCCCCGAAUGCCAGGAAGACGUGGACGAGUGUGCCAGCGACCCCUGCAAGAACGGGGCCAACUGCACGGACUGUGUCAACAGCUACACCUGUACCUGCCCGUCGGGCUUCAGUGGGAUCCACUGUGAGCACAACACCCCAGACUGCACGGAGAGCUCCUGCUUCAACGGGGCCACCUGUGUGGACGGCAUCAACACCUUCACGUGUGUCUGCCCACCCGGCUUCACUGGCAUUUAUUGUGAGCACGACAUUAACGAGUGCGACUCCAGACCCUGCAUGAAUGGGGGGACUUGCCAGGACAGCUACGGAACUUACAAAUGCACCUGCCUGCAGGGGUACACUGGACUCAAUUGCCAGAGCCUGGUCAACUGGUGCGACUCGUCUCCCUGUAAGAACGGAGGGAAGUGCUGGCAGAUCAGCAAUCACUACCGCUGCGAGUGCCCGAGCGGCUGGACCGGCCUGUACUGCGAUGUACCCAACGUCUCUUGCGAGGUGGCCGCACAACGGCAAGGACUGGACGUGGCUCGCCUGUGCAGAAACUCUGGCCUCUGCGUGGACAGGGGCAACACCCACUUCUGCCACUGCCAGCCUGGCUACACAGGCAGCUACUGUGAAGAGCAGGUGGACGAGUGCUCCCCCAACCCUUGCCAGAACGGGGCCACCUGCACGGACUAUCUGGGCGGCUAUUCCUGCGAGUGCGUGGCCGGCUACCACGGGCGAAAUUGCUCGGAGGAGAUCAAAGAAUGUCUUUCUCAUCCCUGCCAAAAUGGCGGCACUUGCAUUGAUCUGCUCAACACCUACAAAUGCUCUUGUCCCCGUGGAACUCAAGGCGUCCACUGCGAGAUCAACAUUGAUGACUGCAGCCCUGCCACCGACCCCCGGAGCCAGACCCCCAAGUGCUUCAACCACGGAAAGUGCAUUGACAAGGUGGGGGGCUACAGCUGCAUCUGCCUGCCAGGCUUUGUUGGGGAGCGCUGUGAGGGGGACGUCAACGAGUGCCUCUCGAACCCCUGCGACCCGCGAGGGACCCAGAACUGUGUGCAGAGAGUCAACGAUUACAAGUGUGAAUGCCGCCCGGGAUACACAGGACGGCGCUGUGAAGCGGUGUUCAACGGCUGCCAGAACAGGCCCUGCAAGAACGGGGGCAGCUGCGCCGUGGCCAGCAACACCAAACAGGGCUACAUCUGCAAGUGUCCUCUGGGCUUGGAUGGCGCCACGUGUGAAAACCACCUGCACAGCUGCGGGAUGCUACGCUGCCUGAACGGUGGCACCUGCCUUCCCACCUCCAGGCAGCCCAGGUGCCUCUGCACACCGGGUUUCACUGGUCCCGAGUGCCAGUUCCCCUCGCACAGCCCAUGCCACUCGGGCCCCUGCUACAAUGAGGGCACCUGCCAAUUCACCCCGGAGCCGCCCCACUACCGCUGCCUUUGCCCCGUCAACUUCAACGGCCUCAACUGCCACAUCCUGGACUUCGAAUUCCCGGGGGGCCCCGGCCAGGACAUCACCCCUCCCCUGGUGGAGGAGAAGUGCGAAAUCCCCGGCUGCCCCAGCCUGGCCGGCAACAAGAUCUGUGACACCAAAUGCAACAAUCACGCCUGCGGUUGGGACGGCGGGGACUGUUCGCUCAACUUCAACGACCCCUGGAAGAAUUGCACCCAGGCCCUGCAGUGCUGGAACUACUUCAACGACGGGAAAUGUGACGUCCAGUGCAACAACAGCGGCUGCCUCUACGACGGCUUUGACUGCCAGAAGGUCGAGCUACAGUGCAACCCUCUCUAUGACCAGUACUGCAAGGACCACUUUUCCGAUGGCAACUGUGACAAGGGCUGCAACAGUGCCGAGUGCGAGUGGGACGGCCUCGACUGCGCCAACCACGUGCCCGAGAGGCUGGCCGACGGGACGCUGGUGGUGGUGGUGCUCAUCAACCCUGAUACCCUGAGGAACAACUCACUGAACUUCCUGCGGGAGCUCAGCCGGGUCCUGCACACCAACGUGGUCUUCAAGAGGGACGCCAAGGGCGAGUCCAUGAUCUUCCCGUAUUUUGGGAACCCGGAAGAACUGAAGAAGCACCGCAUCAGGAGGGCGCUGGGCGGCUGGCCGGACGUGUCUGAAAUGGUGCUCAGCGUGAAGGAAGCCGUCCACUCGAGGCUCAGCCGGAGGCCAAAGAGAGAGCUGGACCAGGUGGAAAUCUACGGGUCCAUCGUUCACCUGGAAAUCGACAACCGCCAAUGCAUCCAAGCCUCCUCCCAGUGCUUCCAAAGCGCCAACGACGUGGCGGCAUUCCUGGGCGCCUUGGCCUCCAGCGGCAACUUGGACAUUCCCUACAAGAUCGAAGCCGUGAAAAGUGAAACGACAGAUUCCCCCAGGAGCAACCAGUGGUAUCCUAUGUAUGUGGUGGUACCUUCCCUCUUCCUGCUCUGCUGCAUCGGCAUCGGUGUUUUGGCAACUCGCAAGCGGCGCAGGGAACAUGGGCAGCUCUGGUUCCCCGAAGGCUUCAAAGUGACCGAGUCCAGUAAGAAGAAGCGCCGGGAGCCACUGGGAGAGGAUUCCGUGGGGCUGAAACCCCUGAAAAAUGCUUCGAAUGGGACUCUGAUGGAUGACAACCAGAACGAGUGGGGAGACGAAGAGACGCUCCACACCAAGAAAUUCCGAGUAGAGGAACAGGUCAUGCUGCCCGAUGACCAGACUGACCACCGGCAGUGGACGCAGCAGCACCUGGACGCGGCCGACUUGCGCAUUUCCUCCAUGGCCCCCACCCCUCCCCAGGGGGAGAUCGAUGCCGACUGCAUGGACGUCAAUGUUCGAGGGCCAGAUGGAUUCACCCCUCUGAUGAUCGCCUCCUGCAGCGGCGGAGGGCUGGAGACGGGCAACAGUGAGGAAGAGGAGGACACCCCGGCCGUCAUUUCGGAUUUCAUCUACCAGGGAGCCAACCUGCACAGCCAAACGGAUCGCACGGGGGAGACGGCUCUUCACCUGGCCGCCCGUUAUGCCCGCUCGGAUGCGGCCAAGCGGCUGCUGGAAGCUAGCGCCGACGCCAACGUCCAGGACCAUAUGGGCAAGACGCCCCUCCACGCAGCUGUGUCUGCAGAUGCUCAGGGCGUUUUUCAGAUCCUGAUCCGAAACAGGGCCACCGACUUGGAUGCGCGCAUGAAUGACGGGACCACGCCCCUGAUUUUGGCCGCCCGCUUGGCGGUGGAAGGCAUGCUGGAAGAUCUCAUCAGCUGCCAUGCCGAUGUGAACGCUGUGGAUGACCUAGGGAAGUCGGCCCUGCACUGGGCGGCCGCUGUGAACAAUGUGGACGCUGCCCUGGCGCUGCUGAAGAACGGGGCCAACAAGGACAUGCAGAACAACAAGGACGAGACCCCCUUGUUCCUGGCGGCCAAAGAAGGCAGCUACGAAACGGCCAAAGUCCUGCUGGACAGCUACGCCAACCGGGACAUCACGGAUCACAUGGACCGCCUGCCCCGGGACGUCGCCCAGGAGCGCAUGCACCACGACAUUGUCCGCCUCCUGGACGAGUACAACCUGGUGCGGAGCCCGCCCUUGCACAACGGGGGGCCUCUGGGGGGCCCCACCCUCUCCCCGCCACUCUGCUCGCCCAGCGGCUACCUGGGCAACCUGAAGCCCGGCCUGCAGGGCAAGAAGGCCCGGAAGCCCAGCGCCAAAGGGCUGAGCUGCAACGGGAAGGAGCCCAAGGGGCUAAAGGCCCCCCGGAAGAAGUCGCAGGAGGUCAAGGGCUGCUUGCUGGACGGCUCCGGCGUCCUCUCACCGGUCGACUCCCUGGAGUCCCCGCAUGGCUACCUGUCGGACGUGGCCUCCCCUCCCCUGAUGACCUCCCCCUUCCAGGCCUCCCCUUCCAUGCCCCUCAGCCACCUGCCGGGCAUGGCGGACUCCCACCUCAGCAUCAGCCAACUCAACCUGGUCAGCAAGGCGGAUCUGGGCCUGGGGGCCAGCCAGAUGCAGCCCUACGAGCCGGGGCCCCCUCGCCUCUCCCACCUGCCCGCCUCCAGCGCCAGCGCCCUCCUGGGAAGAGCCUCCCUCAACUUCACCGUCAGCGGGAGCCAGUGUGAGUGGCUGAAUCGCCUGCAGAACAGCCUGGUGCCCGGGCAGUACAAUCCUCUGAGGAGCGCCCUUCCGCAGGGCACCCACCCGGCCAGCCAGGCCCUGCCCCACGGGCUGCUGGCGCCCCUGCACAGCGGCCUCUCCGGCGCCCCUCUGGCUCCCAUGAUGACCUACCAGGCGGUCCCUGGGGGCCUUCUUCCCACCCACUCCCAGCCACACUUGCUGCAACCCCAGCAGCAGCAGCAGCAGCCGCCCCCACUGCAAGGCCACGGCGGGGCCACGAACACUGCCCCCCAAGUGGGGGCCAGCUUCCUCGGGAACGAGCUGAGCCAGGCGGAGCUGCAGCAGCAGCAAAUGAAUAUCCACUCCAUCCUGCCACAGGACACCCAGGUGCUGGCGACUUCCCUGCCCCCCGGCCUGUCCCAGGCCCUGACCACCCCCCAGUUCCUGACUCCGCCUUCCCAGCACAGCUACCCCUCCCCCAUGGACCACACACCCAGCCACCCGCUCCAGGGGCCCGACCACCCCUUCCUCACACCCUCGCCGGAGUCUCCGGACCAGUGGUCAAGCUCCUCCCCCCAUUCCAACGUCUCGGAUUGGUCGGAAGGGAUCUCGAGCCCACCCACCAGCGUGCAGCCCCAGGUGGGGCGCAUCCCGGAAGCUUUCAAGUAAAGGGGAGACAAACAGAGCCCCUUGGCUGAACUGGAGAAAUCCCCCUUUUUCUUCCUUUUUUUUAAAAAAAAUAUAUUUUUGCAUACAUUGUAAGUUGGAAACGUCACUGCAUUCUUCCUCUUUUUUUAGUAUUUAUUUAUGUACUUUUUUCUUUUAUGUGAAAACACUGCCGUUUUUUUAUUUAUAUGUUCUGUUAAGAAUUUCAUGGGCUGCAUUUACUAUUCCAAGAAAUAGAAAAAAAAUCUAUUAACAGGGACUUUUUUUAAUUGACAUUUUUUUAAAAGAACAACAAACGUUUGUAUCGUGCUUUUUUUCUUUUUUCUUUGCCUAGAGAAAGAUUCUUCUGUAAAGCUAUAAGCAAAAAUCCGUAAAACGACCCGUAUUUAUUGAUCAGGAUAUAUGUUUUCCUGUUCAUUUUUAAAAACAGAAUAAAAAGGGAGAGGGGCAAUUUUGUUUCUUAAAAAAAUGUACCUAUAUGAGGAAAAAUAAUUUAAAUAUAAGAUGAUGGUUUAUUUUUAAAGAGUGCUUUAAAAUAUCCACUGGGGGUUGAUAAUAUAUAGAUGUAUAGGCAUAUUGGCUUUCUACAUCUGGGCGCUUCUAAAUGUCUUAGGUUCCCUCCCAAAAUCCCUAGCCACCGUGGCAGGCGGGGAUUCAGGGAAAGAGCAUCCGAUACCCCCUUGCGCAGGCCAAGGAUGUGGGAGAGAUGGAAAUAGGGCUGUGUUUCUCAGCCUUGGCAACUUUUAUUGAGGUCUGUCAACCAAUUCAAGCUGAAUCCCACCCAUUUUCAAGCACGCUGGCUGGGGUGGAAGUCCAAGGCGGAGAAACACGGAUAAUAUAGAGCGUGAAUCUUUGUAUUAAAGUUUCAGUAUUACAUACUUUUAUCCACCUUUUUUUGCAUGAAAACUGAACGUUUUAUUUAUUUUAAAUCUGCCUAUGAUCAAAAACCAGGAUGGGAGGUUUUAAGCUACAAGGGGAUUCCAGAGGCUUCUCCCCUCUUGCCCACCCCAUAGAGGGCCCCUAUGGUUCUUGCCACAUUGAAAGGAAAGGGGGGAAAAAUCUGCCCCUGGAACGAGGGUAGAAUAAGAAAACUGUGCCCUGCCUUUUUUAACACGGCAAAGCAAAGAAGAAAAGAUGUUGAGAUAACCAUGAAGAAAGUUUGAAGCUCCGUUGGGACUCCCGCGUGGGAGCAAGACUGGUUGGCCAUGUGUCACCUGGAACCCAUCGAGAGAAGGAGGUGACUUUCCAUAAGAAGGGAAGAUUGGGAAUCUCUUUCCUGGCCGUUCCAGUACUUUGCCUUCUGUCGGGCAAUGGCUGGUGGUUGACCCAGAGGUUAGGAAGUCCCCAGGUUGGGAAAACUAACGGGGGGCUGGGGGUGGGAAUGAGACUUUCCAUGGGUUGAAAGUCUCCAGAGGUUCUCGGUCAUCCUGGCCAUGGCUGUCCCAAGGUGCUUCCCUCCCUCACCCCCCCCCAAAAGCAACUGGACUUUGUUUUUCCUUGAAGACGUUUCACUUGUCAUCCAAGAAGCUUCUUCAGUUCUGCUUCCUUAGUAGGAAUGGGUGGGUUGGCCCUGAGGAAGCUUCUCAGGUGAGAAGCAAAACGUCUUCAAGGAAAAACAGAGUAUGGUGGCCUUAAAAAAAAAAAAAGCAUCUUUGGGUUUCCCCCCUUCUAGAGGCAGGCACUCUAGAGAGAAAAUGAAGCCCCCAUCAACUGGGUCAAUAUCUUGAAGCUGUAGCCCGUGUGGAUUUAAGAUGGUCUCAGAUCUGUGUUGUAUCCCUCAAUAGUCCGGGGGGGGGGGGGGGGGCUGGAGAAGACUUCAAAUUUGGGGUUUCCAGAAGGGCAGGCGGCAGAGGGAGGGGGCUUGUCCUUAGCAGGCUGGCAGCUGGAAGGAGCCUCUGUUGAAACCCCUAGGAGGUGGCUUAGCAAAACCUUAACCACGGCUUGACCACCGUGGAUCAGCUUCCUAUCCAAUUUCAGAAAGCUAACAUCCCUGCAUUCAACUGGCAGGAAUCCUGCUAAUUCCCACAACAGAAUUGCCAUCAGAAAGCAAGUUUUUGCCCUUCGGCCUCCUCCUGUUUAGGAUUGGCGCCUCUUGUUUUUGCGAUGGUUGUAUCAUUUUCUUUUUAGAGAACGGGGAGCUAGCGGGGUGGACAGGUGGAGCAGCUGAAUUUGUAUACAAAUAUAUAUAUAUAUAUACAGUAUGCGCCUAUGGCAAAGCUAAUGUUUUGUAAAUAUGGAGUCUUUUUUUGUUGUUGUUUUUUUACAUAAAACGAUAUGGCUGGAUUUUGUUUAAAAAAUCUACGAAAGAAAGAAAGCAUUGCACUGGUGGGGGGUGGUUGAAAAAUAUUGCUCAAGGGGGGAAUGAAACAGGCUUAGCCGGCGAGGUUGGAAACCUGGGCUUGUGUCCUUUGGAGUAAAUGCUACACGAAAGCCUCGGAUUUAGUUGUUAGUCGAUUAACCAUUCAAAACUCACAGUAAGUGUGAGACUCACAGCCUCACACUUGCUGAAAAUCACAGAGGUUUGGUGAGCAAAAUUUAGGCACUUUGCAACCAGCACAUGUGGAUGGAUGGUUGCAAUGUCCUGGGGUGGGGGCACGAAGUCACUAUUUGCAGCCUUCCCAGGUGGGCUUCCAACACAUCAGUGGGGGAAAGAUGGAUUCGCUUAAUGACGGUGGCAAAAAAAAAGCAGUAAAAUUGGAUAUAACUCAAUGAGCCCAUCGCUUUAGGAAUGGAAGCUAUUCCAGUCCCAAUUGAAGUAGUAAGUUGAGAAUUGCCUUCAAAGGAACAUCCUCUGAGAUGCCCAGGUAGGACUGGCCUAUAACUGCAUUGGCAUCUUUGGGCAAGUUCAUGAACUGUAAUCCUGGGGAAGAUGCUCUUCACACUGCAGAUGUUGAACUCACUGGCGCCUUCUUUUGGGGAAUCUGAUCAUCUCCCAAGCUUCCCUUUUUUUCUCCGGAGACCCCUGGAGAACCUCCUCACCCUUGGGAUACAGGAAAGUGCUGGCACGUCUCUACGAUGAGUGGCUUUUAACACCCGCCUCUUGGUGUCAAAUCUUUUUACAUUUUAUAAAUUAGACUGUAGUUUAUGUCAGAGAUGUGGGAGAUUAAAAACAAACCUGUAAUUAAAAAAGAAACCCAUGCAAAAGUGUAGUUUGCAAAAAUGAUGCCUUUUAUUUUAUUUUGUUACAUGAUUUGCAAUAAACAAUGUCAGUAGGCAUUCAGAA